AUGGAGUCCUCAUGGCUUAAAGGGUUGCUCACCAUUUUCUCAGAAACCUUCAAAAUCAUCCCUAAAAAUCCAACCUUGAUCGCCUUGGCCACCAUUCUCAUCCUCAUAUUCAACUCCUGCUGCUACUUCGUAGCCCUCAACUACCUCAGGCUGUUGAUCAACUCCUUCCAAAGCAUGAUGAUCGACCCUACAAAUCUCGAUCGAAUCGGAAAGUCGUUGGGAUACAUCAUCAUCGACGAGCUAAUCAUCGCAAUCAUCGCUUCACUCUCAUCUCUCUUCACAGCUACAUCCACAAUCUUUGCUUCGGCCAUGGUGCUCGGUGGAAAGCCCGCCAUGAAAGUGAAAGACGUGUGUUGGAACGUUAUAAGGACUAGGAAAGGAGCUUCCUUGACUUGGAUUUACACGACCCUUUUCCUCUUGGGAUACAUUUGUAUUAUGUUUGCGGUUGCUUACCCUUUUACCCUCGUGUUCAUGUCCAGCCCACGAGUUUCGUCGGCCAUAAUGAACAUUUUUGUGGGUUUGGGAUCGGUUUUGUACUCCUACUUGCUAGUGGAUUUGAGUUUGGGCAUGGUUGGCUCGGUUGUGGAGGAAGAGAUUCGUGGCCUUGAAGCGAUUGGGAAGGCCACAAGGAUUGCCAAAGGGAUGAAGCUACAUGGGUUUGUUGUCAAUCUGUUGUUCGGAUUGGUGGGUUGGGGUAUGUUGAAGUGCUCGGUUUGGUUUGGACUCCGAUUGCCCGGGGUUGGGCAGAUUGUUUCUCCUGUCGGUCUGGCCAGUCUUGGGUGGCCGACCACCGGCCAGAUCGUCGUGGGGUUGGUUGUAGCCAACUGCUUAUGUCUGUUGAAGAUGCUGUGGUGGAUGGCUUACAGUGUUAUUUUCUAUGAGGGCAUGAACAGACAUGGUGGUGCAGAGGUUGUUGAUUUUGUGGAGGAUGAGGAGUACACUGAAAUCCCAAAUCAUGCAACUAGGGUUUAUUAG